GACUAUUCAUCAGAGUGGCAACUCUGGCUAAAAGACCGAAAAUUGUUUUGUUUUGUUUAUUGUCUUCGACUGAAAGUUGGUUAGAAUGAGUGGAUCAAAGGCGAAAAAACACAGCAAAGGCGACCAAAUCCCUAAGCCCAUUAACAUAAAGAAGGAGAAGAUUGAGGAGGACCGCACUCUGCACCCAAUAUCACACUAUAUAGAUGACCGUCUGGAGCUGGUGAAACAGAUUUUUGGUACUCUUAAGCCGAAAACUAUAAUGAAUCUGGCGCCCGAGUUUCUAAAGAAAACACCAAUGGACGAGAUCGAGGAACUAUGUCUGGAGGAACUUCUUUGCUUGUCCACAAAGCGUCUAAAAUCUAUUAUAGAAGACACCAAGUGUCCUACAGACACCGAGAGUUCCGAGGAUUCCGACGUAGAGCAUAAGGAGGAACACAUUUCUUUGGAAGAGAUUUCCUCAGACAGUGACAUCGGAGGCCAGGAAUCUCGAAGAAACAAGAAGAAGCUUAAGGCCAAAAAAGCGAAUAAUGAGAAUGAAAAUAAGGAGUCUGGCGGUCAGAUGAGCGUGCUGGAACUGUUGGAGCUUCAAGCACGAGCUCGGGCCAUUCGUUCCCAGCUAGCAAUGGAACCAAUCACCAAGAUAGAGGUCAAGUCGGAUGAUGAUGAGGAGAUUCCAGAUGAGAAAGUCAAGCAUAGGGAAAAAGAAAAGCGCAGCAAUAAGAACAAGGAGUCUGGGAAGCGCAAAACACAGGAAAGUAAAGCAGUUGGAGAAGGUUCAUCUAUUUCACAGGCAGAUGCCGAUAGUAGCUGCAAGGAACAGCAAACGCCCCGUAAGAAAAUAAAGAUUAAGAGAAACUAUCGGCAGAGCUCUAAGUCGCCAGAAAAGGAAAAUCCAGCUCCAGCAUCUGUUCCUCCUCCUCUUUCUGAAUCCUCAGUUCCGAAUAAAGAAACCAGAAAGUUAUCACGUUCGGCCUCACCAGAUGUGAUCACCAUACAAACGGAACCAGAAACCUUGCUAAUCAGCGACAGCACAGACGAUGAGAGCACAAAACAGAAGUCAAACGAAAUUAUUAAUCCAACUCCACUAGAGCCACCAGCUCCACUCGUAGAAAGCGAGCCGGAGGAGGGAGAAGUGCGGGAUGAAUCCGAAGAACCAGCAAAUUCAGAAGGAUCUGGAUACUCAGUCAAGCCAGAGGAAACUGUCAUUUCUAAAGAACAAGGUGAUCAGCAUAACGAGGAAUGUUCCGAAAAACUAGAAAAAUCCGCUGAUGAUGAACACCUACCAGAAGAAGUACCUUUGGCUAAGCAAAAUCCACCCUCUGAUGCAAAGGAACCUGUUACAUCCCAACCUGCAAUCCUAGACGAUGAAGAUCAAAACGACGAUGUCAUAUCAAUUGGCGGUGAUCUGGAAAUGAUUGAGGAAAUGACCAAGGAAGACGAGCUGCCUUCUGUGAGUAUCAAGAACGAAAAGAAAGAAAAGAUGUCUGAUCCCGACGAAAUGGAUAACGACGUUAUCUCUCUGGACACAAGCGAGGAUGAGCGCGACAAAAUACAGCGGUCGGACUCAGAGCAAUCCUGGCGCACACGCUACAUGAAGAGCUCCAAGGUCAGCCAGGUGCUGGCAGAGUCGCGACUAGCAAAACGCGUUCGCGAUAAACUUAAGAAAUCAAAGCGCAGCAAAGUCUCUGCCAGCAAUGAGCAGGAGAAAUCUGAAAAACCGAUCGUGUUCACAUCCAAACAUGAGGAUGGAUCCAUUGAGCAGUACCAGGAGCUGUUGCAGCACCGACAACGCAAAACUUCAAACAGCAGUAAGGGCGAUAAAUAAAUCCAUACACCGAAGAGAAGGAUUUGUAUUGAAAAUUCGCGUACUGACGCACAGUUCUACUUUAUAUGGCAUAUAAAAGUCAAAUAAAAAUUCACUGUCUUGCGGGGGCGGCAGGAAACGUAAAAAAUUUGAAUAUAUCGUGCUAAGCGCAUAUUUGAUUUCUCAUUCGUCUUUUCUUAUAAUGCAUACACUAUAGGGAAUAGAAUGUAUGUUAAACUAUGCUAGGAGUUUUAAUUUAAAUUGUUUAAAUUAAGUUGAUUUUAUUUGUAGUGUUUAUAUCUUAAAUUUUUUUAAUUUUAACCCAAACCCUUUAUUAGACAAAUUAUACAAUUUUGUUUUAUUUAUUAACUGAUUAAGUAAAAUUGCCUGUACAAUAUACACUGACUCUGGUAUUAAGGUGACUAACUCCUAUGUUCAAUAAAAUUUAUUGUAUAUACUGUA